UCAUGUUCUCAAACUAUGUCAUUCUGUCACCACCUCCAGUUGCACAUUCUGGCGCACUUGCAGCCUCGUGCACGCUUGCGAGGUUUCCUGCUAUCGUACCCUGGAUAUCAUGGAUUUCUCGCCGUACGCGAGUGCUCACGGAGGCGUGCUAUACACUCUGUAUCAUAAGUUGUGUGCAGCAGAGGCGCAGGCCCGAGCACAUGACAGUAAAAAGCGCCUUUUUUGCACGAGUACCCGCGCAAAAGGACAUUCUGCAGAGCUGUGCCCUCGCACCCGUGCCUUUGCUGCACACAACUUACGAGGCAGUAUAAUAACCGAGCCGUUUUUGUUUCUUUUGCACAUUACUGUGAAAGAAGUGUCAUUGCUGUUUUCUUCUCAAAGAAAACUCAGAGACGUUAGACAAAAGCAAACAGAUAGGAGACUGCACAUUCAUAUGUUUUUCCCCCUUGUGCUACAGGUGAUGGCUGGUCGUGGUUCAUCAGCGUUUGUUUUGAAACUGAUGGGUACCACAAGGCAUGAAGGAGGUGACUUGCAGCAGCAAGGCACUGCAAGCCUUCGCAGCAACUGGCUAGCCAGUGCUGCUCUGUUCUGAAUUGCACUGCGUGUCAUGCGGAGGUUUUGUGCAAGCUCUCUGGGCGGCGACGCUAGCCACGAUUGGCUUCGUGGAUGCACAGAAAUACUCAAGGCGCUUGACGUCUGUGGCUCAUCUGUAUUGUUUUUCCCGGUACCACGGCAUGAAGGAGCUGGCCUCCCUCCCUUCCAUCAGCUGCGAGAUACUACAAGCACUGGGCUACAGCUGCAGCUAGCCCAUGGGUACCGUUCUGCGUCCUGUACUGCAUCUAGUUCGAAAGGCCAUGUGAAAGGCAGCGGCACAGCGUUUACAAACCGGACUUUGCCCUUCACCGAGGGGAAAGUCUACCGACUGGCCCUACAGUUGGUACCGGGGACCAUGACAUCAGUGAGCUGGCUUUCACCUUGUCCAAGGCAGCAGCGGAACACUACGGGCGGGACCCUGGAUCACUGCACCAUGGAUGCCGUCCUGUACCCUGCACGGCACUGCGUGUGGCUUAAGUGGCCAAGCAGAGGGUCAUUGCAUGACUUUUAUGAGGCGCCGCUAGCCAUUGUUUCAAACCACCCUGAAUCGUGGAUCAAGCCUUGCAAGAUGGAAGUUCUCUUUAGGCCCAGCGCCUCUUGAUGGAUCAAGUCUUGUACCCCAUUCCCUCGUGUCUUUCAUAUAAGUAAAUUGUUGGUAUUUCUUUUA